UGAAUUGACCAUCAAGUUCACUUUAACGGAUUGAUUAAGUAAAUAGAUCCAAUAGAGCCCUUCUCGCUUGUCCCUUUUAGUUGUUACUGAAACUAAUGUGCCCCUGCUAUGCCAUAGAUUGAUCAUUUGGGGCUCCUAACAUUGUGUUGUGCCUGGAGACCUUCGUGCGUCAGGUGCUUUGGCUAAUAAUUGAUAGAUUUGGAGAGGCGGCGUGUGGUGGGUUCACAGCUGGCCGGCUGCGCUCCACAGUCCUCUGUCUCCUCGCCGAGAUCCUCCAAGCAUGGUCAAGUGAAGACCAGCUCCAAGAACUGGACGUCUUAGGCCAGUGAGCGACAGGCACCAUGAGGGGUUUGCUCGCCCUUUUCAUAUCGCUCGCCUUCGCCGCUGCGAGCGCGAAGCCCAACGCUGGUUUAAAAACGUGGGGACGCUUCAACAAGCUGCCCUACCCCAGAGACAAGGCUUUCCUUUACGAUACCUUCCCCGACGAUUUCAUAUGGGCCGUGGGGACGGCGGCGUACCAGGUGGAAGGCGCGUUUGAGAAGGACGGAAAGGGGCUCUCCAUUUGGGACACUUUUACGCGCGGCGGGAACCGGAUGGCCACCGGGGACGUGGGCAGCGACAGCUAUCACAACAUCCACGCCGACAUCCGAGCCAUCAGGCAGCUCGGGGUCAGCCACUACAGGUUCUCCCUGUCCUGGUCCAGGAUAUUUCCGAACGGCACCCGCGGGAGUUACAACGAAAUCGGCACCAACUACUACCGGACGCUCAUUAAGAAGCUGAAGGAGAUCCGCGUGCAGCCGGUGGUCACGCUCUACCACUGGGACCUGCCCGACCACCUCCAGCAGAGCCUGGGCGGCUGGAGCAACCCGGAGCUGGUGGGGAUCUUCAAGGACUACGCCGACUUCUGUUUCCACACUUUCGGGGACGACGUGAAGUUCUGGAUCACCAUUGACAACCCGUUUGUGGUGGCGCGCCACGGGUACGGAACCGGAGUGGUGGCGCCCGGGAUAAAGAACGACCCUGACCUCCCGUUUAGGGUUGGACACAACCUGCUCAAGGCUCAUGCAGCCACGUGGCAUCUCUACGACCGCCACUACCGUCCCAGACAACAGGGCAAGCUGUCCAUGGCGCUGGCCUCCCACUGGAUCAAGCCCAGCCGCACGCGUCUGGAAAGCCUCCGAGAGUGCCAGUGCUCCCUGGACCACGUCCUGGGCUGGUUCGCCCGGCCGCUCUUCACGGACGGGGACUACCCGCCCUGCAUGAAGGCGAGGCUGGGCUCGAGGCUCCCCUCCUUCACCCAGGAGGAGAGGGAGCAGGUGAGAGGGACGGCCGACUUCUUCGCCCUCUCCCACGGAGCGGCCCUCAGCUUCCAGCUCAUCAACGACAGCCUCAAGUUCGGGCAGCAGGAGGAUCUGGACCUGAGGAUGCUGCUCUACUGGGUCAACGCCGAGUACGACAAGCCGCCCAUCUUUGUGGUGCAGAGUGGCUGGUACGUCCUCGGCAACACCAAGACAGAAGACCCAAAACACAUGUACUACCUCAAAAGGUUCAUCGCAGAGGCGCUUAAAUCAAUCAUCAUAGACGGAGUGAACGUGAUUGGAUACACGGCCUGGUCUCUGAUAGAUGGCUUCGAGUGGCACAGGGAGUACGGUAUACGAAGGGGCCUCUACUACGUUGACUUCAACACUCCCGACAUGAAGAGGGAACCAAAGACAUCCGCCACCUUCUACAGGAACGUCAUCCAGAGGAACGGAUUUCCGGAGCUGCCGGAGAACAGACCAGCUCAAGGAGUCUUUCCGUGUGAUUUCGCGUGGGGAGUGUCCGCCAACUCCAUACAGGUGGAGACCACACCCAGCCAGUUCGCGGACCCCAAUGUUUACCUCUGGAACAUCUCCAACAACGGAGAGCUGAUGAAGCUGGAGGGCCUCAGCGCGCCGCCUUUACGCAGAACCACCCACUGCGCCGAUUACGCCACCAUCAGACAACAGGUGGAUGAAAUCAGGCAGGUGGGCGUCAGCCACUUCCACUUCUCCCUCAACUGGUCCGCUCUGGUGCCCUCGGGUGACGUGGCUCGCCCGAACGCCACCCUGCUGGGCUACUACCGCUGCUUCACCCGCCAGCUGCUGCAGGCCAACGUCACCCCCGUGGUCACCCUGUGGCACCACACGCGCCAGCGCAGCAGCCUGCCGGCCCCUCUGGACGCAGACAGCAAGUGGCUGAACAGGGAGACCCCCGAGGCCUUCGCGGACUACGCCAGGCUCUGCUACAGAGAACUGGGGGCCCACGUGAAGAUGUGGAUCACCCUGAACGAGCCCAACGAUGAGAUGGUGAGCUACCAGGAGGGCCACCAGAUGCUGAGGGCCCACGCGCUGGCCUGGCGCGCGUACGACCGCGAGUUCAGACACGCGCAGGGAGGAAAGGUGUCUCUGGCUCUGCACAUGGACUGGGUGGAGCCGGCGUUCUCGUUCAGCAGAGAAGACGUGGAGCCGGCGAAAAGGGUUUUGGACUUCUGCGUCGGCUGGUUCGCCGAGCCGAUCUUCGGCAGCGGGGACUACCCUCUGGGGAUGAGGAGCUGGCUGCGUCAGCUCAACUCACUUGAGCUGCCGGUUUUCAAUGAAGAGGACAGACUUCUGGUUAAAGGGACGUACGACUUCUUUGCCCUCAGCCACUUCAGCACCAAGCUCGUGACUCACGCCAAGGAAGACUCAUACACCUACACAGCAAUGCUCGAGGUCCAGCACAUGAUAGACACCACCUGGAUCAUGUCCCCGAGGCCCGUUGUCCCCUGGGGCCUGAGGAAAGCCCUCAACUGGGUGAAGGAGCACUACUGCGAUGUACCCGUGUACGUGAUGGCUAACGGCGUCCAGGAGGACCCAGCUCGCUUCAAAGACAGCCUGAGAGUUUAUUAUCUUUACAACUACAUUAACGAAGCACUUAAAGCGUACACUCUGGAUGGCGUAAACCUGAAGGGCUAUUUCGCUUAUGCCCUGAGCGACCAACGGGACCCGGGGUUCGGCUUGUACGGCCAAGUCCACGAAGAGGUCAUCGUCAAGGCCUCUCUGUCCAACUAUCGCAACAUCAUCCAGCACAACGGCUUCCCCAUCCAAGGGGCGGAGGCCCAGCAGUGCCCCAGUCUGCCCCAGCCCUGCCUGGGCUGCCACAUUCUGGUCAAGAGGCCCGUGCUGGGCUUCUUGAGCCUGGUGGGCUCAGGGGUGCUGAUCACCCUGGGCCUCAUUAUUUACUACACAACCAAGAGACACAAGGAGUGUUACUGAUGACAGACUGAAAGACUGACAGACAUUUUACUUGUUGUUCAGCAGUUUGUGUUAAGGUUCGAUUGUGAAAUUUCAAGAUAAUUGAGGUCUGAGUGACUUCUUCGUUCUCAUCUUCGUAUUUGAGGUUUUGUAUUAAAUUUAAUGUCAUGUUACAAAUUGUUCUACACACAUUUUGAGAUAACCUGCUGAAGAUUCUAAGGCAAAGGUCUUCAACAUUUUUCAGGCCAAGGACCCCUAAACUACUAUAUGUGUUAUAUAUUAAACUCGGCCUAGUGCUGUUUAUAAAUAUAUUAUUUUGCAUUGAAAUAUUAAGCUAUCCCUACCCCUUUACUAAAAUUUAAAAUAUGUCCAUGUUAAUGUGUAUUUAAAGAAAUGUAUUUAUGGGGGAACAUUUAAAAAAUAAAUAAAAAUAAAAUAAAAUAUAUAUAUAAAAAAUGUCUAAUCAACCAAAGAAAUUGUGACCCUCCUGAAGUACCUCCACGUAUCCCCUAGGGGUCGCGGACCCCCUGUUGAAUACCAUGCUCUAGUGCCUCUCCAUUCGUUUUUAGGAUUAUAUGGAGAGACUGCAGUUAACAACUUCAUAAUGUUCAGGGUUUGCCCUUCUUUGACAGUAAUUGGACCGAAUUGGAGUAAAAGCCUAAAGGGGCCAUAAAAACUGAGAUAUAAUCACAGAUGAAGCUGUGACUGGAUGGAGAUUUAACAUCACGCAACUUCUCAAGUAAAUGAUUUUUGGCAUUUCACAAAAAAAAAUAAAAAUAAAAAUGAAAAAGAUGAAAAUGAUCAUCCCUGAAUUAGUGUCAUUACGAAUUUCAGGGUAAAAAAAAUUUAAAAGCUACGUCCCAUUAAGUUCUUCAGCAAGAAUUCUGUCUCGUGUCAACUGUAAUAAAUUUGUACAUUUGGACGUAUCCAGAGUAACAUCAGAUGUUUUAACGCUGUAAACUAAUGUAUUUUAGGAAACAUCUCUAAACCUUGUGGUAUAUUUUUAAUAAAAACUAUUGCUGCCACUGUCAAA